CGUCCUUCCUUGGAUACCACUAGUGAGAGAACCGAUCAGCUUCACUUGCCGCCUCACCUGAUCUACAGAUAUGGCCAACCCACGACAACGGAGGAAGACCCGUAGCGGAGCUGCCAACGGCCCCUCGGCCGCCGCCAAGCGUCACCAGAAGAAGAAGCUCGUACGAGCGCCCACUGUCAAGGGACCAGAGGCACUCAAGGAUAAGUGGGAUGGAAAGAAGACUGUCAGGCAGAACUAUGCCGCCCUGGGUCUUCUCUCUGACCUCAAGCUACGUCCCUCAGGCGGUCUAGCCCCAGGAACAGAAGGAGGUGCCUCCCUCACACCCGCUGCUUCCUCCUCAUCCGCGACUGCUUCAGGCAGCGGUAGCAGUGGCAAGCCUGGCAGGGGCAUGGGACGUAUCAUUCGUGAUGCAGAAGGAAAUGUGGUAGAUAUCAUCGAGGGAUCUGCAGAGCCGGAAGAUACACCGUGGGGAAAGCCUCUGAAGAACUGGGAAGAUGAGGAAGAUGAGGCGGAGGAGGAGGAGGAGGAGGAGGUAGAGGGACCGGCGAAGGUCACUGCUGCACGGGAGGAGAGCGAGGUUGUCAAAGCACUGCAAGCUGUGCCAGACCCUGGCCCCCUGCUCCGCCACGUCUCCGAGCUCGAGGCGCACUGGCUUCUAUCCCUCGUGCGGGAACACGGCGAAGAUGUGGAUGCGAUGGCUAUGGACAAGAAGCUCAAUGAGAAUCAAAAGACAAAAGGAGAGAUCAGGUCGAGGAUCAAACGGGCAGGAGGCUUCGAGCCGAUCAGGACAGCCAUCGCUUCUCAAAACUCGAGACAGUGAUGACCAGCGUCCUGUUGCUUCACUCGUUCCAUUUGUACAUUCGUUGCUACAUUCUAUCAUCUGUCAUGGAUCAAAUCAUACCUUCCAG